GAGAAUUAAACAAAUUGUAUGUGUAUGUGUCGAUGUCAUAAUCGAUUUUUUUUUGGACUUCUUGUCGGUGCUGCCAAACCUCGUUUGUUUACUCGCUUUGACGUUUGAAUACACGUGCCCCAGAUAUAAACAAUUUUACAGUUUUUAAUUUUUUGAAAAAUUUACAUUAAACAGAUUGUAAAAAUAUGCCACCUAUAGCACAAGAGGGAAAUAGCUUAAUUUAUAAAGGCAGCAACUUCUUGAAACAGCGACUUAUACUUUCCUGCCUUAGUGGAAAACCUGUGAAAAUUACACAUAUUAAUUUAGAUGAUGAUAAGGCUCCUGGUCUACGAGAAUACGAAAUAGGUUUCAUACGGCUACUUGAUAAACUAACAAAUGGGACCAAAAUUGAACUUAAUCCAUCGGGAACUUCAAUACUCUUCACACCAGGUUUGUUAUAUGGCGGUGCAUUGCAACACGACUGUUGCGUGUAUCGUGGUAUAGGCUACUUUUUGGAUGCAUUGAUAGCCCUUGGCCCAUUCUGUAAAAACCCAAUUAACGCAACUCUAAAAGGUGUUACAAAUAGCAAAGAUUCGCCAUCCAUAGAUCACAUUAAAGGGUCAGCGCUACCUGUUUUAAAACGUUUCUUAAUUGUGGAUGAUGGACUAGAGCUAAAAGUAGUACGUAGAGGUGUCCCUCCUCUUGGCGGUGGUGAAAUCCAAUUUCGAUGUCCUGUGCGAAAAAAUUUGCGGGCACUGCAAUUACAAUCACAAGGCAUGGUAAAACGAAUACGCGGCACAGUAUACGCUUGCAAAGUAUCGCCAGCAAUGGCUAAUCGUACGGUUGAAGCAGCAAAAGGAGUGAUGCUAAAGUUUUUGCCUGACGUGUACAUCUACACAGAUCAGAAUCGUGGUAAAAUGUCUGGUAAUUCCCCUGGAUUCGGUAUUUGUUUAAUAGCAGAGACGACAGACGAUGUUAGUUACGCCGCAGAAAGCAUAUCAAAUAGCAAAGAUGAUGGAAACGAUCCGUCAGUACCUGAAGAUUUGGGCCGUGAAGCUGCGAUGAAGUUGCUUGAUGAAAUUUAUCGCGGAGGUUGCUGCGACUCUUCGUAUCAGUGGCUUGUUACUCUAUUCAUGGCGUUGAGUCAGAAAAAUGUUUCAAAAUUCUUGACUGGUCCACUUUCCACGUAUACCAUACACUUUCUGCAAAAUUUGCGCGACUUCUUUUCUAUAACAUUCAAGUUGGAAAAUCCAAAAAGUGACGAUGAACAAGAUGCACUGCCAGGGGCGCAAAAAGUACUGAUGACAUGCGUGGGUAUCGGUUACACGAAUAUUAGUAAACGUGUCAACUAA